AUGUGCAAGGCCGGCUUCUCUGGAGACGACGCUCCGCGAGCGGUCUUCCCAUCCAUCAUCGGGCGCCCGAAGUUUGUUGGCACCAUCGUGGGAAUGGACCAGAAGCUCGAUGUCGCAGAAGCAGCGAAAGACCAUCUUAUUGGCGAUGAGGCGCAGGCCAAGCGUGGCGUCCUGACUCUCAAGUACCCCAUCGAGCAUGGCAUCGUCACAAACUGGGAUGACAUGGAGAAGAUCUGGCAGCACACUUUCUACAACGAGCUGCGUGCGUCGCCCGAAGAGCACCCCGUCCUGCUCACCGAGGCACCACUCAAUCCAAAGGCCAACCGCGAGCGCAUGACUCAGAACCUUGGUGGGGCCAUUCUCGAAAACUUCUUUUUUAUUUGUUUAGAUACUGUUUUGUGUCAUCGGCCGUCGGCCAGACACCGCAGCAUCGUAGCAGCUGUUUGGGUAGUCGACAGAGCGCCGAGGAUCAUGUUUGAGACGUUUGGGGUGCCAGCCAUGUAUGUUUCCAUCCAAGCGGUGCUCUCCCUGUACUCCUCCGGCAGAACCACAGGGAUCGUCACGGAUUCGGGAGAUGGCGUGUCCCACACCGUUCCCAUCUACGAAGGGUAUGCGCUUCCACAUGCCAUUGCGCGCCUGGACCUAGCUGGCCGUGACCUCACAGAGUAUCUGAUGAAGAUCAUGAUGGAGAGUGGCUACUCCUUCAGCAAUAGUGCCGAGCGGGAGAUCGUGCGGGACGUGAAAGAGAAGCUCUGCUACAUCGCGCUGGACUUCAACAGCGAGCUGAAGGCUGCAGCGGAGAGCAACGACAAGGCGAAGACGUACGAGUUGCCAGACGGCAACAUCAUCUCCUUGCAAAGCGAGCGGUUCCGCUGCCCUGAGGUGCUGUUCCAACCCAGCUUGGUGGGCAAGGAGGCGAUGGGAAUCCACGACACCACCUUCCGGUCCAUCAUGCAAUGCGACGUGGACAUCCGCCGCGACCUCUACCAGAACAUCGUUCUGUCCGGUGGCACCACGAUGUUGCCGGGCAUCGGCGAGCGCAUGACCAAGGAGAUCUGCGCACUGGCGCCUUCCACGGUGAAGGUGAAGGUCAUCGCCCCACCGGAGAGGAAGUACAGCGUGUGGAUUGGUGGCUCCAUCCUCUCAUCACUGAGCACCUUCCAGCAGAUGUGGAUCUCGAAGGCCGAGUAUGAUGAGAGCGGCCCGACGAUUGUGUUCAUAGCCCGAUUGACGGUCUACGCGGGGCGCGCAAGCCAGCACACAUGUACAGGCGUCCGCAGUCUUCCCAAGUGGCGGGUCUUGUUGAGGUGGUUCACGAAGCAGACCUCUGUAGUCCCGCGAGUUGUUGCGCUUGUGGUGGACAAUGGUAGUGGCAUGUGCAAGGCCGGCUUCUCUGGGGACGACGCUCCGCGAGCGGUCUUCCCAUCCAUCAUCGGGCGCCCGAAGUUUGCCAGCACCAUGGUGGGAAUGGACCAGAAAGACCAUCUCAUUGGCGAUGAGGCGCAGGCCAAGCGUGGCGUCCUGACUCUCAAGUACCCCAUCGAGCAUGGCAUCGUCACAAACUGGGAUGACAUGGAGAAGAUCUGGCAGCACACUUUCUACAACGAGCUGCGUGCGUCGCCCGAAGAGCACCCCGUCCUGCUCACCGAGGCACCACUCAAUCCAAAGGCCAACCGCGAGCGCAUGACUCAGAACCUUGGUGGGGCCAUUCUCGAAAACUUCUUUUUUAUUUGUUUAGAUACUGUUUUGUGUCAUCGGCCGUCGGCCAGACACCGCAGCAUCGUAGCAGCUGUUUGGGUAGUCGACAGAGCGCCGAGGAUCAUGUUUGAGACGUUUGGGGUGCCAGCCAUGUAUGUUUCCAUCCAAGCGGUGCUCUCCCUGUACUCCUCCGGCAGAACCACAGGGAUCGUCACGGAUUCGGGAGAUGGCGUGUCCCACACCGUUCCCAUCUACGAAGGGUAUGCGCUUCCACAUGCCAUUGCGCGCCUGGACCUAGCUGGCCGUGACCUCACAGAGUAUCUGAUGAAGAUCAUGAUGGAGAGUGGCUACUCCUUCAGCAAUAGUGCCGAGCGGGAGAUCGUGCGGGACGUGAAAGAGAAGCUCUGCUACAUCGCGCUGGACUUCAACAGCGAGCUGAAGGCUGCAGCGGAGAGCAACGACAAGGCGAAGACGUACGAGUUGCCAGACGGCAACAUCAUCUCCUUGCAAAGCGAGCGGUUCCGCUGCCCUGAGGUGCUGUUCCAACCCAGCUUGGUGGGCAAGGAGGCGAUGGGAAUCCACGACACCACCUUCCGGUCCAUCAUGCAAUGCGACGUGGACAUCCGCCGCGACCUCUACCAGAACAUCGUUCUGUCCGGUGGCACCACGAUGUUGCCGGGCAUCGGCGAGCGCAUGACCAAGGAGAUCUGCGCACUGGCGCCUUCCACGGUGAAGGUGAAGGUCAUCGCCCCACCGGAGAGGAAGUACAGCGUGUGGAUUGGUGGCUCCAUCCUCUCAUCACUGAGCACCUUCCAGCAGAUGUGGAUCUCGAAGGCCGAGUAUGAUGAGAGCGGCCCGACGAUUGUGUUCAUAGCCCGAUUGACGGUCUACGCGGGGCGCGCAAGCCAGCACACAUGUACAGGAGCGACUGGCCCAAAGGUUGUUGCGCUUGUGGUGGACAAUGGUAGUGGCAUGUGCAAGGCCGGCUUCUCUGGGGACGACGCUCCGCGAGCGGUCUUCCCAUCCAUCAUCGGGCGCCCGAAGUUUGCUAGCACCAUGGUGGGAAUGGACCAGAAGAAAGACCAUCUCGUUGGCGAUGAGGCGCAGGAAAAGCGUGGCGUCCUGACUCUCAAGUACCCCAUCGAGCAUGGCAUCGUCACAAACUGGGAUGACAUGGAGAAGAUCUGGCAGCACACUUUCUACAACGAGCUGCGUGCGUCGCCCGAAGAGCACCCCGUCCUGCUCACCGAGGCACCACUCAAUCCAAAGGCCAACCGCGAGCGCAUGACUCAGAACCUUGGUGGGGCCAUUCUCGAAAACUUCUUUUUUAUUUGUUUAGAUACUGUUUUGUGUCCGUCGGCCAGACACCGCAGCAUCGUAGCAGCUGUUUGGGUAGUCGACAGAGCGCCGAGGAUCAUGUUUGAGACGUUUGGGGUGCCAGCCAUGUAUGUUUCCAUCCAAGCGGUGCUCUCCCUGUACUCCUCCGGCAGAACCACAGGGAUCGUCACGGAUUCGGGAGAUGGCGUGUCCCACACUGUUCCCAUCUACGAAGGGUAUGCGCUUCCACAUGCCAUUGCGCGCCUGGACCUAGCUGGCCGUGACCUCACAGAGUAUCUGAUGAAGAUCAUGAUGGAGAGUGGCUACUCCUUCAGCAAUAGUGCCGAGCGGGAGAUCGUGCGGGAUGUGAAAGAGAAGCCUCGAACCCACUGGAAGCUUUGCUACAUCGCGCUGGACUUCAACAGCGAGCUGAAGGCUGCAGCGGAAAGCAACGACAAGGCGAAGACGUACGAGUUGCCAGACGGCAACAUCAUCUCCUUGCAAAGCGAGCGGUUCCGCUGCCCUGAGGUGCUGUUCCAACCCAGCUUGGUGGGCAAGGAGGCGAUGGGAAUCCACGACACCACCUUCCGGUCCAUCAUGCAAUGCGACGUGGACAUCCGCCGCGACCUCUACCAGAACAUCGUUCUGUCCGGUGGCACCACGAUGUUGCCGGGCAUCGGCGAGCGCAUGACCAAGGAGAUCUGCGCACUGGCGCCUUCCACGGUGAAGGUGAAGGUCAUCGCCCCACCGGAGAGGAAGUACAGCGUGUGGAUUGGUGGCUCCAUCCUCUCAUCACUGAGCACCUUCCAGCAGAUGUGGAUCUCGAAGGCCGAGUAUGAUGAGAGCGGCCCGACGAUUGUGUUCAUAGCCCGAUUGACGGUCUACGCGGGGCGCGCAAGCCAGCACACAUGUACAGGCGUCCGCAGUCUUCCCAAGUGGCGGGUCUUGUUGAGGUGGUUCACGAAGCAGACCUCUGUAGUCCCGCGAGUUGUUGCGCUUGUGGUGGACAAUGGUAGUGGCAUGUGCAAGGCCGGCUUCUCUGGGGACGACGCUCCGCGAGCGGUCUUCCCAUCCAUCAUCGGGCGCCCGAAGUUUGCUAGCACCAUGGUGGGAAUGGACCAGAAAGACCAUCUCGUUGGCGAUGAGGCGCAGGAAAAGCGUGGCGUCCUGACUCUCAAGUACCCCAUCGAGCAUGGCAUCGUCACAAACUGGGAUGACAUGGAGAAGAUCUGGCAGCACACUUUCUACAACGAGCUGCGUGCGUCGCCCGAAGAGCACCCCGUCCUGCUCACCGAGGCACCACUCAAUCCAAAGGCCAACCGCGAGCGCAUGACUCAGAACCUUGGUGGGGCCAUUCUCGAAAACUUCUUUUUUAUUUGUUUAGAUACUGUUUUGUGUCCGUCGGCCAGACACCGCAGCAUCGUAGCAGCUGUUUGGGUAGUCGACAGAGCGCCGAGGAUCAUGUUUGAGACGUUUGGGGUGCCAGCCAUGUAUGUUUCCAUCCAAGCGGUGCUCUCCCUGUACUCCUCCGGCAGAACCACAGGGAUCGUCACGGAUUCGGGAGAUGGCGUGUCCCACACUGUUCCCAUCUACGAAGGGUAUGCGCUUCCACAUGCCAUUGCGCGCCUGGACCUAGCUGGCCGUGACCUCACAGAGUAUCUGAUGAAGAUCAUGAUGGAGAGUGGCUACUCCUUCAGCAAUAGUGCCGAGCGGGAGAUCGUGCGGGACGUGAAAGAGAAGCCUCGAACCCACUGGAAGCUCUGCUACAUCGCGCUGGACUUCAACAGCGAGCUGAAGGCUGCAGCGGAGAGCAACGACAAGGCGAAGACGUACGAGUUGCCAGACGGCAACAUCAUCUCCUUGCAAAGCGAGCGGUUCCGCUGCCCUGAGGUGCUGUUCCAACCCAGCUUGGUGGGCAAGGAGGCGAUGGGAAUCCACGACACCACCUUCCGGUCCAUCAUGCAAUGCGACGUGGACAUCCGCCGCGACCUCUACCAGAACAUCGUUCUGUCCGGUGGCACCACGAUGUUGCCGGGCAUCGGCGAGCGCAUGACCAAGGAGAUCUGCGCACUGGCGCCUUCCACGGUGAAGGUGAAGGUCAUCGCCCCACCGGAGAGGAAGUACAGCGUGUGGAUUGGUGGCUCCAUCCUCUCAUCACUGAGCACCUUCCAGCAGAUGUGGAUCUCGAAGGCCGAGUAUGAUGAGAGCGGCCCGACGAUUGUGUUCAUAGCCCGAUUGACGGUCUACGCGGGGUGUCUCUUCAGAGAUCAGGCGUCCGCAGUCUCCCAAGUGGAGGGUCUUGUUGAGGUGGUUCACGCAGCAGACUUCUGUAUCACUGUAGUCCCGCGAGCCACUCGGCUCCUCAGCUCCACCUGCUGUCAUCGUCCCCUGGCACAGAUCACACAGCAAGCCAUGUCCGAUGAGGAUGAUGACCCUGUUGCUCUUGUGCUGGACAAUGGCAGUGGCAUGAUGAAGGCAGCUCUGGCUCGCUCCCCAAUGCUAGGCUUUGGACGUGGAGUGGAGACUUGUGCUGGGUGUUUGGGGUUCGGGACGGGCGGAGAUGGGAAAUGCCAUUACGUUGGAUAUGAGGCGCAGGCCAGGCGUGGCAUCCUCUCCCUCACACACCCCAUCGAGCAUGGAAUCGUCGUGAACUGGGAUGACAUGGAGCGGAUAUGGCACCACACUUUCUGCAACGAGCUGCGUGUGGAUCCCGAAGAGCACCCCGUCCUGCUCACAGAAGCACCGCUGAAUCCAAAGGUCAACCGCGAGCGCAUGGCUAAGAUCCUUGCGGCGGCUCUUAAAGGGAUCAUGUUUGAGACCUUUGAAGUGCCAGCUCUGCACGUCGCUCUUCAGGCGGUGCUCUCCUUGUACGCCGAAGGCGAAGGCAGAAACACUGGGAUCGUCACGGACUCGGGAGAUGGCGUGUCCCACACGGUGCCCAUCUUUCAGGGAUUCACGCUUCCCCAUGCCAUUGGGCGGUUGGAUUUAGCUGGCCGUGACCUGACAGACUAUCUCAUGAAAAUGCUGGCAGAGAGUGGGUAUUGCUUCGGCAGCAGCGCCGAGAGAGAAAUCGUGCGGGACGUGAAAGAGAAGCUUCGGAAGCUCUGCUACAUCGCCCUGGACUUCAACGGCGAGCUGAAGGCUGCCGCGGAAAGCAACGACGAGGCGCAGGCGUACGAGCUGCCAGACGGCAACAUCAUCUCCUUGCAAAGCGAGCGGUUCCGCUGCCCUGAGGUGCUGUUCCAACCCAGCUUGGUGGGCAAGGAGGCGAUGGGAAUCCACGACACCAUUUUCCGGUCCAUCAAGCUCUGUGAUGUUGACAUGCAAGGUGAUCUGUACCAGAACAUCGUUCUGUCCGGUGGCACCACGAUGUUGCCGGGCAUCGGCGAGCGCAUGACCAAGGAGAUCUGCGCACUGGCGCCUUCCACAGUGAAGGUGAAGGUCAUCGCCCCACCGGAGAGGAAGUACAGCGCGUGGAUUGGUGGCUCCAUCCUCUCAUCGCUGAGCACCUUCCAGCAGAUGUGGAUCUCGAAGGGCGAGUAUGAUGAGAGCGGCCCGACGAUUGUCCACCGCAAAUGCAUUUAG